AUGCUCUCACGUGUUGCUGCAGUGAAGGCACUCCGCACACACAACCGUCGCCGCGUGACCGGAUCCAGCGGAAGGAGGAGGGAGGGAAGAGAGAGUGAGCCGCAGAGGCCCAACAUGUCCCGGCGUGUGUGUACUUCCGCGCUGCUGCUAAUUCUCCUUGUUAUGAUGGUGUGCUGCGGCACUGGAGGAGCUGCAAAGGCAGAGGAUGAUCGGUCGUCUGAACCCCAGUUUGAAUGGAAGGGCAUCACUGAUGGUGUUGUAACUGUGGACUCGUUGGGUGUUCCGGGCCUUUUGAAGGUGGGGAGUGAUGUGUUUGCCGUUGCCGAAGCGCACUGCAAGGGUGGAAACGGUUUUACUGGCAUCGCAUCCCAACUACUCUCGAUGGAUAAGGGUAAAGAACCGAAAGAAGAAGUGCUGAAGAAUGCCAAGGAGAAAACACAAUUUCUGGAGGAAGUCACUUCCACGGAGAAGAAGAGAGUAGAUGUGAGCCGACCAACAACAGUUGUGAAGGAAAAUGAUAUUUACAUGCUUGUUGGAAAACACAGCCAUGACGCUGCCGGUAGCUGUAAGGCUGGGACUGAGAACAUCAAAUCGGGAAUAUUGCUGGUGAAGGGUAAGGUUGGUGAAGGCGACAACAAUCAAAUCCAUUGGAGGGAAACUGACGGUCUCCCGUGCACCCUAGGCGACCAACACGAAUCCUGGACAGGGCUGAUUGGCGGCGGUGGAUCGGGUGUUAAGUUGAACGAAGGUACGCUUGCGUUCCCAGUGGAAGCCACGAAAAAGAGGGAGGACAAAGAUGUGAAAACCGCUUUGCUGAUUAUAUACUCCUCGGUUGCUACGAAUUGGACGCUGUCGAAGGGGAUGUCUGCCGAUGGCUGCGGUGAUCCCUCCGUCGUGGAGUGGAAGGGAAAACUCAUGAUGAUGACUGCGUGUGAUGAUGGCCGCCGCAGGGUGUACGAGUCCGGUGACAAGGGGGACUCGUGGACGGAGGCACUCGGGACACUCUCGCGCGUGUGGGGCAACAAACACGAGGAAAAUGAGAAGGGCGCUAGAAGCGGGUUCAUCAUAUCGACAAUUGACGGUGUUAAUGAUAAGAGAAAUGUGAUGCUCGUUACUCUGCCGGUGUAUUCCAAGAAGGAUGAAAACGAAAAGGAAAAGGGCGUACUCCAUCUUUGGCUGACGGACAAUACGCACAUUGUUGAUAUUGGGCCGGUAUCCGAUGAUGACGCUGCCGCCAGCUCCCUGUUGUACAAAAGUGGAGAUAAUAAUGAGUUGAUUGCACUGUACGAGAAGAAGAAGAAGGGUGAUGAAGGAAAACCAUCACCUGGUAUGGUCUCUGUGCUUCUGACUGCGCAGCUGAAGCGGGUGAAGGAGGUGCUGACGACCUGGAAGGAAGUGGACGACCUUGUCUCCAAGCUGUGCCUCACUUCACGUGCUAAGGGGGAUUACUCAACUGCCACUGCCUGCACUACUGAUAAGAUCACGCAUGGGCUGGUUGGCUUUUUGUCCGGCAACUUCUCUGGCACCACAUGGAAGGACGAGUACCUCGGGGUGAACGCCACAGUAAAUAAUGAAGAUGGGGCUGCAACGACGGAUAAUGGCGUAACAUUUAAAGGGCGUGGCGCAGGGGCGGAGUGGCCCGUUGGCAAGCAAGGGCAGAAUCAGCUGUACCACUUUGCGAACUACAACUUCACUCUUGUGGCGACGGUGUCCAUCGACAAGGUGCCGGAGAGUGGCAGCGUCCCUGUGAUGGGUGUGAAGGUGAAUGAUGGCGAUAAGAAGAAUGCAGUACUUCUGGGACUGUCGUACAACAAAGAAAAGAAAUGGAUGCUAAUGUGCGAUGGCAGCGAGAACAAGGAGCUCAGCAGCUCUUGGCAACCAGGGAAGAAACGCCAAGUGACCAUUGUGCUACAGAACGGCAGCCAGGGCUCCGCGUACGUCGAUGGUCAGCGUGUGGGUGGGGAUGAACAGUGUAAAUUGGAAACUACGGAUUCUAAAGUGAUCUCCCACUUCUACAUUGGAGGGGAUGGAGACAGCGCAGAGGUCCAAGAAGACGUGUCUGUGACGGUGACGAACGUCCUGCUGUACAACCGCCCGUUAAGUUCCGCAGAGAUUGGCGCCCUCAACCCGAAUAAAGUCCUUAUUCCACCUCUGGUGUCUGACAAUGCCCAAGGAACCCUGUCGCAGUCUCCUGACGAGCAACCGCUGUCGGAUCUUAAAUCGAUGAAUGAAAAUAAGGGUGUGGGCGGUGGCAGUGCAUCCACAUCAGCAGCGUCCACUGUAACGACUUCCUCAGGAAAAGAGCAAUCCGCAAACCAGCUGUCGUCAGGAAUAUUUUCCGGUGGAAAAAAAAAUGUGGAUGGAGGUUCUCCAUCCAAUGAUGACCAAACAGUGGGAGCGGAAGCUGGAGGUGCGGUGCAAGAAGAUGGACCACCCCAAACUCCUGAGGUGAGCGUGAGCUCUGGUGAGGAUGGGGAGACGGCGGGAAGAACGGAUGGGCAGAAACGGGAGGAGAUCCAUCCACAUAACGGGGAAGUAAAUGCCACGACACUCAACACCAGCCUCGGAAAUUUGUCGCAGGGGAAUAACAGCGAUUCCGGCACUGUGCGUGGGAGCGGACUGUUGCCGCUGCUUCUUCUGUUGGGACUGCGGGGGUUUGCGGCUCUGUGA